GUGAUGUGUUUUCUUCCUCCCCAGGCUCUGUCUUUUCAUGGUAGAGCACCUUCUAAGACAGUUUUCAAGAAGUCUGCAUGACUCCGGUGCUGUGCUGCACCAUCAUGCAGUACUAGAACAUGGACAUCAUCACCAGCACAGGACACCUUCGCUUGCGACUGAGAAACAAGAAACUUCCCUGUGAAUUGACUUGGAAGCCUCACAUCUCUUUAUGCCAUCCUGGCCCACCCGUCCAUAUCAGAGCCUUCCUGUAUCUGCUCUGCUGCCACCACCCUGCUGCUCCUUUUGGGGCUGCUUAACAUGCCCCACCUCUCUGGAGGUAACCUGUAAUCUGCAGUGGACAAGGCGACAGCUGGGUCUUCCCACUGGUUUUACUGGGGCUACCCAUUGCCAUCCUGCUUCCUGAGAGAAGUGCUUUGCUCAUAGCCUGGACCAACAAGUCACAGGGUAGUCCUCAACACACACAGGCAUUUGGCUGGAGUGCCCAUCUGGAUUCAUUAUUCUGUCUGGAUUUCCCAGGAAGGUGAUGCAGCCCUUGGACAGGUCACACGAAUUUGGCAGUUUCCAUCCGUAGGGGUUUCCAAAGUGUACGAUGCCACAAGGGCUCUAACCUUGUGCAGCAGAAACUCCUGCUGAGAGAAGGGCUGCAGCGCAGACAAAGGUCCUUUCCCACCACCACUACCAGGGUCCUGUGCAAACACCUUUCAAAUAGCAUACAUCCCAUUUCAGACCUCACAAGGGGUCCUUAAGGACUAACAACAGUUCCCUGCACCCCAGGCUGGAAACCAGUAGAAAGGCAGUGCUGCAUCCUGCCCUGCCAUGCAGCUCCUUUGUACUAUAAAGGAGGGCAUUUGAGUUACAGUUUAGCAGCAAUGAGUGUAAAUUUAUCUGAACUAUAAUUAUUUUCUGUAUAAAAGCACUAACUUUUGCUCUAACUUUGUGUGGAUCUUUUGCAAUCCACAGUAGAUCCUGGGCAGAGACUCUCUAUACCUUUGCACUCUGAUAAGGAGAACAUUAUUACCCUACUAGUGGCCAGGCCAGAUAAGAGGUUUUGGGCGGGCAGUCUGCAUUUUUUUCAAGCCCUCAUUAUGCUGCACCAGUAUCUCCAGAUGCUCUUCUGAGGGAGUUAGGCUGCUUCCUAUUCAACACUGUGAAGAGCAAUGACUAGUCCCCAACAACGCAAUAGUAAUUUUGAUCCUUCUGAUCCACCCGCUGUGGCUCAUAAACAGCAUGGAGAGGAAGAAAUCCCCAUCUCCCGCCGCUUGAGAGACCGUGAGAUGCUCCGGAAAAGAAAGGAAAAAGCCCAGGAGAAGAACUCAGCUUACUGGAUUUAUAGGGAGCCAAGGAUCAAAAAGCAGAGGAAAGCCAGAGAAGACAAGAAAGGAAGGAGCAACCAGCUGGUGGUGGAGCUCAAACCAGUGGCAGAACUGAAGGUGGAACUGGAGGUGGAAUCGCAGGCAGGAUCAUCGAAAGAACCAGUGGAACAACUGGUGGAAGAACUGGAAGAUGUCCAGCCCAAGCCCAAGCUGCAGGAGAAGGCUGAGCCAGUGGCACCCAAGCCAGCGCCACCUGAGCCAGUGCAACAGGAGCAGUCGCCUGUGCUGACAACCCAGGGGCUGGGUGCUGCGAUACCAAUGGGAGGUAUGGAUGGGGAGCUGUCAACCAGUAGCCAGGAUGCUGUGGGUGAUGAGGAGCUGCUGAAUCUGACCGAAGCAGAGAUACCUGAGGAUCUGAAUGCUCCUCUGGAUAGUCUCUGCCAGGAUAAUGAACACAUUCCCUUUCUCUUUUAGUUUUCUGAUCAGGGUUUUUCCUGUUCAGAACAUUUUGACUCCUGCCUAGAAAACUCCAGUAGGUACUGCAGAGUGAUUUUGACCUGCUCUUUCCUUGUAACAAAGCCCAUAUGCUCCUGGUCACUCUUCUUUUCAUUCUUCUUUCAAGUUAGAAUUAGGGCAAAUGUACUCACUGCACUCUUAGCUAGCUGGAGCUGCUCAGCUUGGGCUUUUUCCUGAACACAAUAAAACAGGCACGUGUUUCAUCA